AUGUCCCUGAUCACCCCACCACCCAUUACCAUGGAAGACCUCCACGCAUUCCAAGCAAAACACUUCCCGGGGAGCGUCAUCGCCCAGACACCACAGCCACAACCACAGUCACAAUCACAAACACAACAAGUGACGAAUACCAACCAGCCCGAAGAAUACUACAACCCGGAUGACGAAGAGUAUGAAUACUACGAAGAAGAAGAAGACCUAGGCUACUACCCCGACGGCGUGAAACGCACCCUCACGGACGAACAAAUCCGCAUAUUCAGACAUAGUGAGAUCCAUGCGUUGAGGAGGGAGAAAGAGUUGCGGGAGGAGGAGGAGGCGGAUGCAGCAGCAGCAGCAGCAGCAGAGCGUGCCGUAGUUGCAGAUGCGGACGCAAACGCAAGAUCAAAUGCAGCUGGUACAGAACAAGCGAGCAAGUCUCGGGUAGAAGGGGAAGAAGAUGCGGAUGUGAAGAUGGAUUAUGGGGAUGGGGAUGGGGGUGCUUCUGCUUCGAAUGCGAAUUCGAAGGCGGCUUCGAAGGCGGCUUCUAGGCCUGUGCCGCAGUUUACGGGCAGGAGGAUCAUUUCGUAUGAUGAUUGA